GAUGAUGGAUCUCGCAGCGAGUCUAUGCAUCGCCGUCGUGGUACCUGAGCGUCUUAUGUAAGGGCGCCGUCAGCGACCUCCCCACGUCGUUCGUCGCGCCAGCAGCAAUCGAGACCGCCGCAGCGUGGUCGGGCGAAAUGAACACGGCGUGAUCGCGCGCUUGACCCUUGAGGUGUUGGCCAGAUCCCCAGCUAAUAGUUUCGUCACUGUGACACACGCUCAACACCGGCCAAAGAAAAGAGGAGCCAGGCGGUGUCUGGGCUAAGGGAUCCAAGUUACACUUCCCAAAAAGCUGCUCGUUGAACAAGUCGACGCCUUGAACGAACAAAGAGAGAAGGGCAGCGCCAUGCGAAGGCCUCGCGAGUUCGGGAUGACAGCAACGAUCUUAUGAACUCAUUAAAGAGACAAGGAUACGGCCUUGUUCAUCAACAAUCGUCGCAGCGAUUUAAUUUUGCAAUUCCCUGUCUGCAUCUCGUACUGAGUUCCUGUUUUUCUGUUCCGAACCUCGGGGUCCUUGCAUUGUGUCAAAGCUCCUUUUCACAGACGCGAGGGCAGCUUCUUCCCUCUCCGAGAACCUCUGUGGUGGCAUUAUUAGCCUGUUCCUCCGAAACUCGACGGGGAAAAGGCGCACCGAGGACGUCGUAUGGGAUUAUGCCCAUCAAUUACCAGAUAUAAUUAAUAAAUCCUGUUUAUAUGGCGAUCGAAUUUGCCCAAUUAUUCAGUCAGCACAAUCAGGGAUCAUUCACAACUCUAGUUCAUUUUAAAUUGAUGUUAUCAUCGUUAUGAA